CCGCCCCCGCCGCAGCUCCUUUAAUACACUUUGGUUCUCCGCCUGGCUUUGGACUCUUCUCCUCCUCCACCUCUUCUUCCUCCUCCUCCCGCGCCUCCUCUACCGCCGCCUCCUCUUCCUCUCCGCGCCUUCGUUCUGCGCCCGGCCGCCCGAGGCAGAUUCAGGCGGCGGCGGCGGGCGCAGCAGCGCGACUCCCGGGACUGCAGUCGCCAGUGUUUCCAGCACCGGUUCAAGAAGCCGGGCGUCCGGAGGACGUGCCUCGCCAGUCGGUAGAGGGAACCGAGGCAGCGGGGCUCACCGGGGCCGGCGGGGCGGCCGGGCGCGCUGGCUAUGCUUCUGGACGCGGGGCCGCAGUUCCCGGCCAUCGGGGUGGGCAGCUUCGCGCGCCACCACCACCACUCGGCCGCGGCCGCGGCGGCUGCGGCGGCCGAGAUGCAGGACCGCGAGCUGAGCCUGGCAGCUGCUCAGAACGGCUUCGUGGACUCGGCCGCGGCGCACAUGGGCGCUUUCAAGCUCAACCCCGGGGCGCACGAACUGUCUCCUGGUCAGAGUUCGGCGUUCACGUCGCAAGCUCCGGGCGCCUAUCCGGGCUCGGCCGCGGCGGCUGCUGCGGCCGCGGCUCUAGGGCCCCACGCCGCGCACGUUGGUUCCUAUUCGGGGCCUCCCUUUAAUUCCACCCGGGACUUCCUGUUCCGCAGCCGGGGCUUCGGGGACUCGGCGCCGGGAGGCGGCCAACACGGGCUGUUCGGACCCGGCGCCGGCGGCCUGCACCACGCGCAUUCGGACGCGCAGGGCCAUCUUCUCUUCCCUGGCCUCCCGGAGCAACACGGACCGCACGGCUCGCAGAACGUGCUCAACGGGCAAAUGCGCCUAGGGCUGCCGGGCGAGGUGUUCGGACGCUCGGAGCAAUACCGCCAAGUGGCCAGCCCGCGGACCGACCCCUACUCGGCGGCGCAGCUCCACAACCAGUACGGCCCCAUGAAUAUGAACAUGGGCAUGAACAUGGCAGCGGCCGCAGCCCACCACCACCACCAUCACCACCACCCCGGUGCCUUUUUCCGCUACAUGCGGCAGCAGUGUAUCAAGCAAGAGCUCAUCUGCAAGUGGAUCGACCCGGAGCAGCUCAGCAAUCCCAAGAAAAGCUGCAACAAAACUUUCAGCACCAUGCACGAGCUGGUGACCCACGUCUCCGUGGAGCAUGUCGGCGGCCCGGAGCAGAGCAACCACGUCUGCUUCUGGGAGGAGUGUCCACGCGAGGGCAAGCCCUUCAAGGCCAAAUACAAACUGGUCAACCACAUCCGCGUGCACACGGGCGAGAAACCCUUUCCCUGUCCUUUCCCGGGCUGCGGCAAAGUCUUCGCGCGCUCCGAAAACCUCAAGAUUCACAAAAGAACCCACACAGGAGAGAAACCUUUCCAGUGUGAGUUCGAGGGCUGUGACCGGCGCUUCGCCAACAGCAGCGACAGGAAGAAACACAUGCACGUCCACACCUCAGAUAAGCCCUAUCUCUGCAAGAUGUGCGACAAGUCCUACACGCACCCCAGCUCCUUGCGGAAACACAUGAAGGUCCAUGAGUCCUCCCCUCAGGGCUCCGAGUCCUCCCCGGCUGCCAGUUCUGGCUACGAGUCGUCCACACCCCCUGGGCUGGUGUCCCCCAGCGCAGAGCCACAAAGCAGCUCCAACCUGUCCCCGGCGGCGGCGGCGGCUGCAGCGGCGGCAGCCGCGGUGUCCGCUGUGCACCGAGGCGCCGGUUCUGGCAGCGGCGGCUCCGGAGGUGGCUCGGCGGCCGGCAGCGGCGGGGGCGGCGGCGGGGCGGGCGGUGGGGGCGGCGGCAGCUCUGGCGGGGGCAGCGGAACAGCCGGAGGCCAUAGCGGCCUCUCUUCCAACUUCAAUGAAUGGUACGUGUGAGGGGCCAGGCCUUUCUCUCAUUCCCUGUUCCCUUCUCUACCGCAGCCCUCCCUAAACCCACCUUAGUAUCUGUCUUGUUAAAAUUAUGAAUCCAAUUUUUAUGGUGAUGAAAAAAAUCUUACCAGCAGAAGGAUUUUUAAACGUUUCUUUUUUUAAAAAAUAA